AUGUCUCUUAAAAAAGAUUCCCACCCUUCCUCAGAAGCGUUCGACGUCAUCAACCAGACCCUCCAGGGCGAUGAGGCUGGUCGCAAAGAAGCCAUCAACGGAGCCAAGGCUAUCGUCGCCUUCAACGUUAAGAACAAGGAGGGCAAGGAAGAGAGCUGGUACCUCGACCUGAAGGAGAAGGGCGAGGUCGGCCACGGCCCCGCUCCCGAGGGCAAGAAGGCUGACGUCACCCUCUCCCUCUCCGAUGCCGAUUUCGCGUCCCUCGUUUCCGGCAAGGCUAACGCCCAGCGUUUGUUCAUGGGUGGCAAGCUCAAGAUCAAGGGCAACAUUAUGAAGGCUACGAAGAUGGAGCCCGUUCUCAAGAAGGCUCAGGCUAAGGCUAAGCUUUAA